UCUGCUGCUGACUGAAAGAUUACGGGCGCCAUCUUGGAUCGGGGAGUUUUUUUUAACUGGAAAAGUCAAAGAACAGGAACAACAACGAAAAAACAACAACUAUAAAACAUCAGCAAACCACUACCGUUCGGAAUCGCGGCGAAAAUGACACUCGCUUUGAAGUCAUGACAUCUGUUUUAAAAUACCUUUUCGAGACUCGGACGGAGUAAAACAACAACAGACAGUGUGUAGCAGGGAGACUCCUCUCGUCAGCUGGGAAAGUUGUUUUGUUUGUGUUAGCUCGUUCGCUAACUCCUUUACCUGUCGGACAUGUCAUCAGCCAAUCCAGACAUGCCAGAGUCGAUGGCCACAGCAGCUGGAUCUCAUGCUAACAGUACCGCCGUCGUGCCAAAGGCCAACAAACGACAAGCCACCUCGGACUAUGACGACGACGAUGAAAGCAAGUUGUUCAGGUGUGAUGAUGAUGGAGGCGGAUCCAAUGACAAGGAGAGGUUUGCCAGGGAGAACCACAGCGAGAUCGAGCGCAGGCGGAGGAACAAGAUGACCGCUUACAUCACGGAGCUGUCAGACAUGGUGCCCACCUGCAGCGCUCUGGCACGUAAACCAGACAAGCUGACCAUCCUGCGCAUGGCAGUGUCACACAUGAAGACGCUCCGAGGAAGCGGCGGCGAUGCAGCACACAAACCCUCCUUCCUCACAGACCAGGAGCUGAAGCACCUGGUUCUGGAGGCGGCGGAUGGGUUUCUGUUCGUGGUGUCGUGUGAAACCGGCCGUGUGGUUUAUGUGUCAGACUCUGUCACACCGGUUCUGAACCAGGCUCAGUCGGAUUGGCUGGGAUCAUCGCUGUACGACCAGCUUCAUCCAUACGACACCGAGAAGCUCCGAGAGCAGCUCUCCACCAGCGAGAACAACAGCGGCGUAGGCCGGAUGUUGGACAUGAAGACAGGCACGGUGAAGAAAGAGGGCGGGCAGGCCGCUGUGAGGAUGAGUAUGGGCACACGCCGCUCCUUCAUCUGCAGGAUGAGAUGUGGAGUGUGUCCCGUAGAGCCGGUGUCCAUGAACAGACUCAACUUCCUGAGAAGCAGAAACAGGAACGGACUGGGUGCUCCUAAAGAGGGCGAGCCGCAGUAUGCGGUCGUGCACUGCACAGGCUUCAUCAAGUCCUGGCCUCCUGCAGGAGUGAGUCUGUCUGAAGAGGAGCCCGAUAACAAUCAGGGAAACCGUUUCUGUCUCGUCGCCAUUGGAAGGCUUCAGGUCACAUGUUCCCCGAGCGACACAAACAUAAGUAACAUCAGCGUUCCAGUGGAAUUUAUUUCCCGCCACAACUGUCAGGGUCUCUACACCUUUGUGGAUCACCGCUGUCAGGCGAUGAUCGGCUACCAGCCUCAGGAGUUACUGGGGAAGAACGUUCUGGAGUUUGCUCAUCCAGAGGAGCAGGGUUUACUGCGAGACAGCUUUCAGCAGGUGGUGAAACUGCGAGGUCAGGUGCUCUCGGUGAUGUUCCGCUUCCGCUCUAAAUCCCACGAGUGGAUCUGGAUGAGGACCAGCUCGUUCACCUUCCAGAACCCUUUCUCUGAGGAGAUCGAGUACAUCAUCUGCACCAACGCCAACGUCAAUCGAGGGAUGAAUCAGGACUCCCUGUCCCCCCUGUCCUCCCCUUCACUGGGGCAGAGCAGUCCCCACUGCCCCUCCACCCCCAGCCCAGGCCAGGUCUCAGCCAGGCAGAUGCAGCAGCAGGCCGAGUUAGACGAGGGGAUGGGACGAGACGGCAGUCAGCUCGCUCUCGCUCAGGCUCCGCUGCAGACUGUGAGUGUAGUCAGUCCGGAUCACAACUCUAAGACCGUGUCCUCCAGCGGACAGCAGCUCUACCCUCCAGCUGCGUCUUUCCCCAGCUCUGCUCGUCACAGUGAUCCCUUCAGGUCAGCUGGGAUGGCUCAGCAGAUGGCUCCUCACUCGGCGGGUCAGAUGCUUGCACAGAUGUCCCGUCAGAGCACACCGUCUGGAGUCAGUGGCAGCAACAACAGCCCCAUUCAGCCCCAGACGGGUCCCACAGCGCCUCCUGGAGUCUGGCCUGCUGCACAACAGCCCUUCAACACACAGCAGAUGGCAGGUCAGGUUGGGAAGAGUCAGUCUCCUCAGUUCAACAUGGGAGGUUUCAGCUCCGCCCCUACAUCCUCCACUUCCUCUUCCUUUGGCCAGAUGGGCGGGGCUUCUGCUUCAAUGGCCAACGCAUCCAAUUACCAACAAAUAAACAGCCACAGCAACCCUUCAACUAAUGGAUUUGGUGACAUGAAUCAGAUGGGAGCGCAGUUCAGCUCCAGGCCAGCAGGGGGAGUGUCAGGGUGGCAGCAGUGGCAGACUCAGCCACACACACAGAGCACUGCAGACACACACCAGCAGCCUCGAAACAACCAGCCAGAGAUGUUUCAGGAUGUGAUCUCCAUGUUGGAUCAAACCGGCAGCUUCAGCAACGAUGAUUUCGCCGAGAUCCCCAUGUUUCCUCCUUUCCCCGAGUAGUGGUCCCGCUUCCGGUCACUUCCUUUACUUCCUGUUGCUCUCUGACGCGCCAUUUCUUACUCUCUUCACCAAAUCGAUGACAGAGCUGAGGCACAGAGGGGUCUGAAAAAGAGUGAGACUGAUGCAUUGUGAGAAUGGAAGUUAUAAGCCAUAAUGUGAGGAUCCAGACAGACAGACAGACGUCUCUGAAAUGUGUUCACUUUAAAAUCAUGCACACUUCGAGCACAAGCGUACACACACAUGCUUUGAUUUAUGAGAUGGCCACACACACACACACACACACACACACACACUGUCUCUGACUGUGAUUGUGUAGCGAUUGCACUGCUUUUGACCCAAUGAUGAAAUGUGUGAGAACUGACUUCUUGAGUCUGGCCUCAGAAAGCUGCUGUGAAUGUGUCCAUCAGGUUUAUUGUUACGCAGAAGCUGCAGCUUGAUUGCAUUCUUUGUUAUUGAAGAAUUGACUUUAUUUCCAUUCAUAACUUGUCAUUUGAAUCGAAUUGAUUGUAAUAACUGAACUGGCUCAACAGGAUGUUGAAUUUGAUAAACAGGAAGAGGAAUUCCAAAUAUUUCUGAAUUGUAAUUUUUCAUUUUAAAUAAUCAUCUAAUGUAAGUCAUACUUGUUAAUGUUUUUAAAAACUACAUUGAAAUUUUAUUAUUUUGCAGUGUACUUAUUACACACCAUCACAUGUUCUUACUGUAGUAAAUUAUGCAUAAUAGCAUGCAGUUAACCUUGAAAAGACCCUAACAUUAACUCUAAUUAUAAUUUCUCAGUACUUAAAUGCAUUUACACUGUAAGGACUGCUUCCUUCAUCUGUUCUGCAUCCUGUUUGCUACCUCAGUUCAAAUUCAGAUGUGUAAUAAAAGGCUUGGGAUGAUGUUGGUGCAGUAAUCAAUCAAUAACGAGCAGGAUCUGUGUACCUCAAAGCCAUUUUGUCACUAUGAUAAUUUUAUCAUAAUGUUUUGUUGUAAUAUAUAUAAGAAAUAACCUUUAAUGCUUUAUCUGGGCUGUUUUCCGUCUGACUUAAUCUCUUCGUGUGUUCAUUUGGAAAUCGUUAUUCUUAAUUAGUCUUGUACAGAGAAUAUUCCUCAGCUGUUAUUGGCGGGGUUUUCUUUAGAUCGAAAGCUUUUUAAUGAAAUGUUUGAUGUGUGCUUUUGGAUAUGGGUGUGUCUGCGUCUUUUUUCAGUAUUUCUGUGCAUUAAAUCGAGUGCUCGUGUCACUUUUUUCUUUGGAUAUGAAAGGGUCAGUGCUCUGUUUUUUUCUUCUUCUGUGUUUUCACAGUUUUGAACUGCAGUUUGUGUACAACCUAGAAAAAUAAAUGUAUAUGUAUGUAAAUGAAAUAUAAAAAAUACUAUCUGAGUUUUUUUUAUUAAAUUCCUACUGUC